AUGCUUCCAGUACUCUACAAACAAAUAUUAGCCGUAAUAUCACUGGCUGCAUCUGCUGGUUCCAUAAUUUGUCCACCGUAUGGCAGCGGAGGAUUUGGCGGUAUCUUUGCCGGUUAUAAUGUUCCAUCCAUGUAUGAUGCUUACAGAUGUCCACCAGACACAGUAUUCUAUUACUACACUUGCUGUGAUAGCCUUUUUGGAGAAUGCUGUCUGCACCUUGAGACAUGGUUCAUAAUCAUUAUUGUAGUCGCAAUCAUCCUCAUUCUAAUGAUAUGCAUUGGAUGCCUGGCCGCUUGCAUCUAUGGUUUCCGGAGAACUAGUGACGAGACCUGA